AUGUUGUUCACGACCAUCCUUGCCACCGCAACUUCUCUAAUCGGCGUGUUUGCUGCCCCGUCGAAGCGUCAGGCUGCCCCCACUGGCAGCUGUGUGCUUGGCGUUCACGAGGUUGAGCUCGACCGCCCAUUCGUUCUCCCCGUCGCGCGCGAGUGCCUCAACGACGUGCCCGAUGGCAACAGCUUCUGGAACACCUCUAUCUGCGUUGCUGCAGGCAUUGCCACUGGUAUUACCCAGUUAACCGACUUCGGCGCUUGCUACACCAACUUGACGGUACCACUUCCCGGCGCACUCGGACCCCUCGACCAGACCAUCUUCAGCACGAUUACGAAGGGGAAGGAUGGUGCAACCCAACAAGACUUCGUCGACUUCUUCUACGACGAGCUCGCAGACAAAGAGUUAUUGACCGUUCCCGACUCUCAAGCCGAGUUCGCGUCUUACUACGUCAACAACAUCUUCAACUUCUUGCACCAGGGUUUCGCGACGACCAUCAGCUACGAUGGGUUCAAUAGCUGGUUGCACAACUCUGGCUACGCGAACCACUUCCAGGUUCUGUAG